AUGUCCACAAUCAUCCUCGGAGGCGGCAUCAUCGGCCUCUCCACUGCAUAUUAUCUUUCUCUUGCGCGAUCAGCUAGUUCAACGUCGGGCGAUAUCCACAUCAUCGACUCGUCGGCAACCCUCUUCACCUCCGCGUCAGGCUACGCUGGCGGAUUCGUGGCACUAGAUUGGUUUUCACGGCCCGUGGCGUCGCUGGGGGCAUUAUCCUUCCGCCUGCAUCGCGAGUUGGCGGAGCAGCACGGGGGGUAUCGUAGGUGGGGAUAUGCGGGGAGUCAUGUGUAUAGUUUGAGUGAGGGCGAUGAGGGAGUGGAGGAGGCAUCCCGAGGACAGGGGGACUGGAUUGCUGAGGGGACGAGUCGGGCGCAAGUCGCGCCGUUGGCUUCAAAUCCAGACCCAGUCAACACUCCGCCUACAGUGUGGACGCGCCGGAGCGGCUGGACGUUCGACACGAUCGGUCGCCCAGGGGACUGUGCGCAGGUCGAGCCGCGGGAGCUGUGCGAGUUCUUGCUCGAAGAGUGCCAGAAACGGGGUGUGCAGGUUCAUCUUUCCACUAUGGCAACAGGCGUGCUUACUGAUGAUAUGGGCGCAUUGAAGGGGUUGAAGUUGCGGACCACCAACGCUGGCGCUGGACAGCCACACGAGCAGGAAACACAACUUCAAUGUGAAAAUGUGGUGAUUUCAGCCGGGGCGUGGACCCCGCGCGUCUUCAGCACGCUGUUUCCACAGAGUAAGUUGCGGAUACCCAUUGAGCCGUUGGCGGGACAUAGCAUCGUGGUCAAGUCGCCGCGAUAUACGACGCCAUAUGUGGACCUUGCAGAAAAAGAGGGAGGCACAGACAAAGACAAGUCGAUGUGUUACGCGAUAUACUGCGGUCCCGGUCCGCGCUGGUCAUUUGCGCCAGAGGCAUUUGCGCGGCUUGCUCGCAGUGGCGAGACCGAAGUCUGGGUCGGCGGGCUGAAUGAUAGCACGCUUCCCCUUCCGGAGCUUUCAACUGAUGUCAAGCGGAUGAUCGACCCGCAAAGUAUCCAGGACCUGCGCAGGACGACGGUAGAGUUGACGGGACUUGCGAAGGGAGGCGGUCAGCCGAAUCAAGAUGAUUUGGAAACGGUUAGAGAAGGGCUGUGUUUCAGGCCGAUAAGCCAGCGAGGGACUCCCCACAUCGGUGCGAUAGACGGUAAAGAUCUCGGCUUGCGCGCCGGUAACAGUGGUGUCUAUAUCGCUUCUGGCCAUGGGCCCUGGGGCAUAAGUCUGAGUCUGGGGACCGGGAAAGUCAUGAGUGAAAUGCUGAUGGGGCAAAAGCCAGGCGCAGAUGUGCGUGGGCUUCGCGUGGGCCGGUAA